CACCCGCGGCCCCUCCGGUGCCCGUCCCGGGCCACUGCACGGGGAGGGAGAAAACCCAGGGGGAGGCUGGGCGGGGGUCGUCGCUGCCCCGGCAUCCCGCAGCCGCCGGCAGUGACCUCCCAGCCGGGCGGGGAGAGCCCGGGCUGGCGCUGCGGAGCCGUGCGGACCCGGGGCGGCGGGAGCCCGCGGGAGAACGAGGCCGGGAGGCGACCGGCGGCAUCCCCGCCCCGCCGCGCCUCCCUAGCGACGGUCGCCAGGCGACGCCCAUCUUCCCUAGUGACGGUCGCCAGGCAACGCCCAUCCUCCCUAGCGACGGUCUUAGGGACCACUCCCCGUCCCUCGCCGAGGCUCCGGGGCCACAUCCCAGCCUCUCUUGCCCCGGCACCCAUCGGGUGAGGUGCUGCCAACACCCCGAUCCUGCUGCAGAGCCUCCACCCUUGCCAGCCUUCCUCCUCCUCCUCCUCCUCCUCCUGUUGCCCUCGAGGGCCUUCAAGCAGCCAGCUGAGCUCUGCCGUGCAGCCAGCAGGAGCCUGGGUGGUGCUGGGCCCAUCUGCCCCCUGUCCUGCAGCCCCAUGGCCGGGAAUGCUGAGAUGGCAUCCCUGGAAGAGAGCUUCCGCAAAUUCGCCAUCUACGGCGACACCAAGGCGACGGGGCAGGAGAUGAACGGGAAGAACUGGGCCAAGCUGUGCAAAGACUGCAAAGUCACCGACGGCAAAAGCGUCACCAGCACCGACGUGGACAUUGUCUUCUCCAAGGUGAAAGGGAAGACAGCUCGUGUCAUCAACUACGAGGAGUUCAAGAAGGCGCUGGAGGAGCUGGCCCCCAAGAGGUUUAAGGACAAGAGCAAAGAGGAGGCGUACGAAGCCAUCUGCCAGCUGGUGGCAGGGAAGGAGCCCAUUAACGUGGGUGUCACGAAAGCCAAGACAGUAGGAGCUGUGGAGAGGCUGACGGACACCUCCAAGUACACGGGCUCCCACAAGGAGCGCUUUGACGAGAGCGGCAAGGGCAAGGGCAAGAGCGGGCGGGAGAACAUCGUGGACACCAGCGGCUACGUCAGUGCCUACAAGAACGCGGGCACCUACGACGCCAAAGUCAAAAAGUAGGGACGGUGCCCGUGGCGCCACCGCCCCGGUCCCUGCGCGCCGGCCGUGGGGUCGGUGCACAGCCCUGGGACGUGCCCGUGAGGUGGGGCCCGGGAGGCCGCGCCGGGGCCGGCCCCAGGCUGGCGGGAUGUCGCUGCCCAGCGCUGGGGGGACUGGGGAAGUCACCGGGCCGCGAGCUCUGCCCCAGCGCUGCGCCCGUCCCACCCUGUGCUGUGAUUCCCCCGCCCUUCCUGUGUCCCCCGUGCUGUCGCCCCAGCCCCACACCGUACUAACAGCACUGCUCCUCAGGGCUCCCCUGCCCCGCCGGCACCCAGACCUUCCCUACCUCAGCCCCGGCUUUUGGGGCACCCUCCCUUGUCCCACCGGGGACCGCCGCCUGUCCUCCCCUCCCGGGGACCUGCCUUAACCCCGCACCAGUUACACCACAGCCGCCUCCUUCCUUCCCCGCCGGUGCCCUCACCUCGAGGCUGCCUGACUUUGCCGCUUGCCCAGCACCGCGGGAGGCUCCGACCCUGCGGUGCCGUUUGUGCCGGAGCCGCCGGGAUGCUCCUGGCCCAGCCCCACGAUGCACCCCCGGGAGAGUUUGGUGUCGCCUGGCCAUCUGCAAAGGUCUCCGACCUGAACCCCCUUGGCCUCCCGCUCCCUCCGUGAAGCCCAAACCAAAGGAUGCUGCAGGCCCACGCUGUAACCCGGCUCUGCAAUAAACCCCGUCCGCACUGA